UUUCUCAGUGAGUUGAUUAAUGAUCAAAACAUUGUCAUCGUACGGGCAUCGAUGAAGUUAAACAACUUUUCGAGAUGUUGAAUAACCUGAGAAGAACGUGCAGUAGAACUGGACUGAUAUUUCGCAUGCAAAGCGUGGUCGUUCGUAGCGUCUCAACGACAAAGACAACAAAUGUUAUUAUAAAAGGCGGUGGUAGAGGGCGGUUAUUGGAUGGUACGAUCGACACACAAACAGAAAAUGUGAAACAACGCAUAGAACACAGCAAACUACUGCAAAGAAAAUAUGAACAAUUAUUUGAACUUGCUAAGAAAGGAGGAGGCGAGAAAGGCAUUGAGAGACACACUAAGAAAAAUAAGAAACUUUUAGUCCGAGAUCGUAUAAAAUUGCUAGUUGAUAAUGACGGCGAAGAUUUUUUAGAGUUAUCACCUUUAGCUGGUUUUGGGUUGGAAUAUGGUGAUGUUCCCGCUGCCGGCAGUGUUUCAGGUAUAGGUUGGAUUCAUGGUAUACCGUGUUUGAUAACUGGUCAUGAUGCUACUAUCAAGGGAGGAACUAUUUAUCCAAUUGGAGUGAAGAAACUACUUCGAUCACAAGAGAUAGGACAUCAUAACCGGUUACCUUGUAUUUACAUUGUUGAUAGCGGGGGCGCUUUUCUUCCAUUACAAGAUGAAAUAUUUCCUGAUAAGCUAAUGGGCGGCCGUGGAUUUUAUAAUCAAGCGAUGAUGUCAUCAGAAGGAAUUCCACAGAUUGCCUUAGUGUGUGGUUCAUGUACAGCUGGUGGUGCCUAUGUACCCUCUAUGUCUGAUGAAGCAGGUAUUGUACACAACAUUGGUAGUGUGUUUUUAGGUGGACCACCACUUGUAUAUGCAGCACUCAAGGAAAUUGUAACUACUGAAGAUCUUGGUGGGGCUACUGUUCAUUGCAAGGUUAGCGGUGUUACUGAUCAUUUUGCAGAGACGGAAGAAGAAGUCUUUGCAAUCGGGCGUGACAUUGUCGAAACUCUAAACCUGCACUCUAUCUAUGAUUUGAAACCAAUGAAAUAUAAAGAACCACUUUUUCCAUCAGAGAACUUAUCAGCAUUUGUUACAACAAAACCAUGUGAACAAAUUGAUAUGUACAAACUCCUGGCACACAUAAUUGAUGGCAGUUAUUUCUAUGAAUUUAAAACCAUUUAUGGACCAACGUUAAUCACUGGAUUUGCCAGGAUAUGUGGCCAUCUUGUAGGUAUCGUUGCUAACCAAGGCGCCAUAUCCCAUGAUGCAUCAUUGAAAGGUGCUCAUUUUGUAGAACUGUGCUGUCAGAGAAACAUACCUAUAAUAUUCCUUCAGAAUACUGAAUCAGAAGAAGGUACCACGGCAACCAACAAAGUUCACCAAGCAGAGACACUUCGAUGUAAAGGUAAACUGGUAGCAACGAUUGCAUGUGCUGAAGUACCUAAGAUUACAGUGGUGGUUGGAGCAAGUUUUCAGAAUGAAAAUUUGACAAUGUGUGGCAGGUCAUUUGAUCCAAGAUUUCUAUGGAUAUGGCCCAAUGCUGCUGUUGGUUUGCAGGAUGACUGUCGGGAUGCAUUUUACUCAACUGCCAGGAUAUGGGAUGAUGGAAUCAUAAUGCCUCAACACACAAGACAGGUUCUGAGCAAGAGUCUCUCAAUUGUUAAACACUUCCCAAAUGAAAGAGAAACGAAGUUUGGUGUGUUGAGAAUGUAACCAUGGAUACAAGCAGUUCUUGAUACUUGAUCUUUCAUGACUGACAAUG